CAAUGGAUUGGGAAAACAACUUUUGUGGACGACAAAUACCCAUUGAGGGGUUAAAAAUGCCAAUCAGACUCUCGCCAGAACCAUCUACCGUCAGCUGGCGGCAAUACGCACGUUCCCGUAGCAAACCCAGCCAAGCGUAUCGCACUCCCGAUCGACCAUUUUGUUUGAAAUCUCCCCCAAGCGAUAGCGAGCUUUAAUGUAUGCAUGCUCGCUCCCUUCGCAUGCACGCGACCGACCACCCCACGCCGUCCGCUUCCUUUUCUAAAAACACAACCCCUUCUGCCUUUGUGUGCGCGUUUGUUUAUUGAUUUUUGGGAAAAUCGAAUGAGCGACGGCGCCCGAGCGCAACUUCGUGUGCAAUAUGCCGUGACGAAUGGCCACUGGGUCUGACGUCCGCGCGCUUGGCGUAGUGCACGCCGUGUCGACAGCAAGCGUACGUACUUGACACGCACACCAGCCAAUUGCCCGGAACUCGCACCAACACACCAGCACCUCCGUAUUUUCCUCGUCGGCAGACAUUUCGAUUUCAAGUUUCCCAAGUUUCUGCGGCGAUAAUUUUCUCAGCAGUUUUCUCGCUGAAAAAGUGGAAAAUUUUGCCAUCAAAGUCCUGGAAAGUGUAGUAGUUGUGUCCGCGUGUAAUUCUCCGUUCGAGUUUGUGACCAGUUUGUGUGGAAAGUGUCGAUUUUGUGUUUUCUUCAUCGGUCGAGUUCCCAGCACCUAAUCAAGCCUUUCUCGCGAGCUUUGACAUCGUGGUUUAGCCAUAAUCAGUGGGGCCAGUUUCUGUCGCUUCACCGUCUGCGUUUGGGUUUGGAUAGUGGACUUACGAGAACGCUCCUCGUAGCCCAGUUCCCUAUUGAACGAUUUCGAAAGGAAGACAGGAAGAGGCUUCCGCCAUAUUCCCAACCAGAGACGAGGAAGUCGGUACGCUUGGCAGUGUCGAAUCUUGGGGGCGGCCCGGUCCGAGUACGCCAGCACAGAGCAAAUUUGAGGCACAGCGUGCAAGUUGCGCAGCGCCUGUCCGUAGGAAAAAUCGAUAAGUCGGCCAUUUCGGAAAACUUCACCGGGUUGGUGUUCUCUUCUGGUUCGCCGAGACAAAACGGAAACAUUCUUUGAAGAUUUUCCUCGCACCGAUCUUCUAUAACACAAUGACAAACACCGCCGGAAUCGAGACCCAGUCCAUCAUUCAGGGCGCCACGAACCAGGCCCAGAGUCAACAAUUGCAGCAGCAAUUGCUCCAACAGCAACAACAGGCCCAAGUGCAGCAAGCGAUCUUGCAAGCCCAACAACAGCAAGCGGCGGCAGCGGCCCAGCAGCAAGCAGCCCAACAACAACAACAGCAGGCACAGCAAGCUGCAGUGGCCCAACAAACGGCUGCGGUAGCGGCUGCAGCGGCGGCCGCCCAACAAGCAGCAGCCGUACAGCCCCAACUCACGGCAAAUAACAAGUCAGAAAGUAACGAAACAAGGACUAAUCUGAUCGUGAACUAUCUGCCCCAGACCAUGACUGAGGAGGAGAUCAAAUCGCUAUUCUCCAGCAUUGGCGAGAUCGACAGCGUUAAGCUAAUUCGUGAUAAGUCACAAGCUUACCUGGAUCCACUAAAUCCAAACGCUGCUAAAGGCCAGAGCCUGGGCUACGGAUUCGUGAACUACGUCCGAGCACAAGAUGCUGAGCAGGCCGUGAACGUCCUCAAUGGAUUACGCCUCCAGAAUAAGACCAUCAAGGUGUCCUUUGCCCGUCCCAGCUCCGAUGCUAUCAAAGGGGCGAACCUCUACAUUUCAGGACUACCAAAGAGUAUGACCCAAGGCGAGCUGGAACUUAUAUUCCAGCCUUUCGGCACAAUCAUCACCUCCAGGAUCCUGCAAAACGCCGGAAACGAAUCACAGACCAAAGGCGUUGGCUUUAUCCGUUUUGAUAAGCGCGAAGAGGCUACCCGUGCGAUAAUCGCACUGAACGGCACAACACCGAAAGGCUGCCCCGAUCCAAUCACAGUGAAAUUCUCAAACACACCUGGCUCCAAUAACAAAAUCAUUCAACCGCAAAUCCCUGCGUUCUUGAACCCACAACUUGUUCGACGAAUCGGCGGCGCGAUGCACACCCCUGUAAACAAGGGUCUAGCUCGCUUCUCACCCAUGGCCGGUGACAUGCUCGACGUCAUGCUUCCCAACGGGUUGGGAGCGGCGGCGGCAGCUGCUGCAGGUGUCCCACCUCCAGGGGGUGCGUACAGUAUUUUCAUUUACAAUUUGGCACCUGAAACAGAAGAGAGCACGUUGUGGCAACUGUUUGGCCCGUUCGGAGCCGUGCAGAGUGUGAAAAUCAUCAAAGAUCAAAGUACGAAUCAGUGCAAAGGAUACGGCUUCGUGUCAAUGACCAACUACGAUGAAUCCGCGAUGGCAAUCCGCGCCCUCAACGGCUACACACUGGGCAAUCGAGUGCUGCAAGUCAGCUUCAAAACGAACAAAUCUAAGUAAAUAGCGAGGCAGAGUCACUAUCUAUCGUAAGCUUUUGCAAUAUCUCGAUUUUAAAAGGAAAAGUAACUUUACAUACAAUUAUUCUACAAUUUAACGACAUACACAGAACGUUUCUAAUGAUAGUAUCUUGUAUUAAUUUGAUUCGACGUUUUUAUUCGUUUUCUACACUGACGAAUCCGGAUGGACGCUAGGAAUAUUUAAGGCAAAGGAAGAAAGGAUAUUUAAUUUAUUACACUUAGAUUAUGAAUGUGGAAGAGAAAACCUCGAACAAAGUAAACCAAAACAAAUAUUUGAGUAUGUGGACAAGUGAAAAGGAUAUGAUGAAGGCAAGCGAAUAUGCAAAUCUCCUGGAAAAUCCUUCGAACAAAGUAUGGAUUCCUGUGUAGUAAUACACAAUCGCUGAACGAAUUACUUUCUUUUUAUCGAAGCACACUCGAAACAAGGAUACAUAAUAAACUCGGACGGACUGAAAUACACAUUUCUGCCAAACAAGGAUACAAUUAUGCUGACUUGAUAGAAACAUUCAGAACAGGAGACUCCACAUUUACUCUACACAACUUUGAAAAUGAAUCGUCGCAGAAAAAGGAGAAGUUUAAAGUUAUCAAUCGAUUUUUAUGGCAAUGCAAAUGAGAACAUUAAUCGAAGAAAUAAGUUUUGAAAAGCGGAUCACAUCUUAAAAAGGGAGUUGACGGAAGUUGAUGCUUUUUAUCUUUUUUUUUUCUUGGGGUAACUUGCGCAUUACAAAUGGCUGGACCAUUACACAUUUUGAGAUUAACAACAUCAAAAUAAUCGUCAAACCAAAGAAAACAGAACUAAAUGACAAGGUCGAAAGAUAAUAAUGAUGAACUAUCUACGAAAAAGUGCUGUUGAUCGCCAGGUUCCUUCAAUAUUUCACGAUGGAAGGAUGACAUCGUGUGUGCAACACGCCAAGUCAUCGCUCUUCAUAUGGGAGAUUACAUGAUCAUCAGAAACGUAAGCAUUAGGAGUAUCUUUCAAAAACUUUACUAAUAAUAUCACCAAUUACAUAAGUUACGAUAAAGCUAUGAAAGGGAUUUUGAAAUGUUGAUAUCCUAGAAUAUAGAAAAGUUCAAGCGCAGAUUUCCGCACAUUUAAAACUUUUUCUUCUGUUAAUGCAAUCAUUUGCUAGCUAUUCGAAAUAUCGGUUGUUAAUUUAAAAUAGUCUUGAUCAUCGUCGCGACUUAAAUGUACAUAUUCCUUGACUAAGCUAAAGCAUGUUUACAUUCACGACGACUACAUACAAAAGAAAGUAAAAGAAACAAACUAAAAAGAUCAAUUACUUCGAAAUGAAGAACAGCAAACUGGGAAACCGAAAUCUAUUCAAAAAGGGGAUUAUAUUGAAGUUAGCAAUUAGAUUUAAUCUAAGUUUAAAAAUUGUAGAUUACUUUUAAUUAUACACAUACACACACACAAAUCAUAUUUAUUCCAUCAACGCAUCUAUAAUAUGAAAUACAGCUAAACAAAAAUGAUUUACAUACACCGAAAUUGCCACUUAUACAUUGGCAAGAAAAUAUUGAAAAGUGUAAGUGAAAAUUUAAAAAAUUUUCCAUAAAACAGAAAUCCGUUUUCCUGUUUUCUCUAAAACAAAAACAAAAUAUUAAAUUAUUUAAGUAAAAUAGAGAAUAGGAGUUUAAAACAAAAGAAAAACCUAAAAACUAACACGAAAUAAUAUUCUAGUCAAAAUAUUUUUUAUAAUAGAAAUAUAGAGAAGUAGGGCAAAAGAAAAAUAGAUGAGAACAACACAUGAAGGGAAACGAAAAUAUUUGAAAUGAAAGUACUGUGAAUUGCCGAAAGAUAUAUAUAUACAUUUACAAACGUAUGAGUAAUGAUUUAAAUUAUUUAUUAACAAAAAGAAAGAAAGAACAAUGCAAGAAGCUAAAUGAGUCUUACGAUUUACUUUUUCCUCCAUUUUUAUGUUUAUUCCUUUUCGGUUUCAAUUAAAUAUCGAUUUUAUUUUUCUCAUAACUUAUUGUAGCGCAUUAGACAAAAGAUUUUUAGACUACAUCACACUAAACCGUCUAUUUAAAUGUAAAUGUAAUUUUGUGGUUUUCCUGAUUUUGAUUUCAACUUAUGUGUUAUUUUUUUGGGUUUAAUAUUUAUAUCUAAGGCUUUAAUAAAGUUGUUUUCAUUGAUCUUGAAGUGAUUAGAUGAAGGAUGUUGUGGGUUUAGAACAAACCUGGGCAUCGGAUUUGAAUCUAAUGUAUUAAUGCGAAGACACUAAACUUUCAGAGCGGAGAUUUUACUCUUAUGUGAUCUUUCAGCAAAGGAAAUGCUGAUUGUCUAGUGCAAUAUCAAAUGGAAUAGUGUGAAUCUCCGCAGAUAUGGUUCUGUAUUUGCAAUGCAACUAAAGUUGUCCUACUUUAGAGGGUAGUGUCGGCUUACAGAGCAUCCUAGGGAUGUGGGCUUUGCUCCCGGCAAUAGCAAACCAAAUAAGAUCGUAUUUAAUGUGUAAUCAGUCUCGAAACAAUUUCAAAAGUUUGCGAAUCUCUCAUAUGUAGUCAUUGGUCCCUGAUCAUUUCCGGAUCAAAGAAAACAAUGAUUUUUUCAUAUUUAAACAAGAUUUACAAAACUAUUUAUUGUAACAGAAUUAUUUAAAAGAAAAUAUACUGAGAUCAUAUAGGGAAUAAAUAUCUUAAAUCAAUUCUUUUCAUUUUAUUUAUAUUUAUUAUCACAUUUUAUCAGCAUUUUGAUUUUCUUUUUGUUUCGGUACUUUUGGUCCUGAGAAAUUCUGAUCAAUUGUAUAGAAAGUAAUAAUGAUGUGUGUGUUCCACAAAUGUGAUAAUUAUUUGCGUAGAAUAUACUUUUUUCUUUUGCAUUCUGCUUUUAUCAUCCAUCAUAUCACCCCCACACAAUAUAAAUUUUAAUUUUUCUUUGUUACUUUGUAUUUUCUGUUAGUUUUAUUUUCAGGUUUUUUUUCUCGAUUCUUCUUUAAUUUAAUUUUGUGUUUUUGUUUUUUUUUUAUUUCAUUCAAUAUAAACUUCCGUUUUGGGUUAAUGUUUUUCAGUUUAUCUUUUUUUUAGUUUGUUUCUUUUCUUUCAAUAUAUAUUUUUUUAUUUGUAAUCCUUAUUUGCGAGUAUUUUUUUUUUAAUGAAAACUAAUGUCAGCACACAGAACACUGUUCGAAAAUUCUACAAACUCACCUAACUAAGGGAGCGAAAAUAGAUUUAAAACGGUUUUCUUCGCCAGAAUAAACUGACGAAUCGAAUUAAUGUCAAUUGAAGUAUCGGUUGUGAAAAACCGUCAGAUUUUUUCCAAAAUUAAGUUGUCUUAAAGGCGUUCAAUACCUUGAAGGCUUUCACCCUAUCGGUAAAUAUAACAUGCAGACUCGGUAAAAAUAAAGAAUGAAUCGUAAAUAUUUUUCUUGAAACUAUAUAAGAAACGUUCGAAAUAACUCACCUAGAUGAUUAGUAAUAAGACGUUGUUUUAAAAACAAUUCAAACGGAAAGAAGAUUCUAAUGAAGUUCCAAAUAUUUUUUUGCGUAAGGCGUUCAAGUAAAUAUAAAGAAAGAUAAUUAAUAUCUACCCAAUAUAUGUAUAUUCAGCAUGAUAACCUUUCUCGAUGAAGAUAUAUUUUUAUGUGUAAUUCGAUGUUGUGUGCAAUAGUGUUUAAUUCCGAGAAAAGAAGCUUUUUUCACUUUUAUUUUUUUCUACUUUAUCUUAUAUAUAUUUUACACUCGUAAAUGUAAUAUUAUUAUUAGUUUUAAUUUGGAAGCAAAGGGCGGACGAUGUUAUAUUUACAAAACUACACAUUAUUAUUUUCACAUUUUUAGUUUUAGUUAUAAAUUAUGUAAUUUUGUUUUUUGUAUCGUUUUAUUUUAUCGCUCUUUGAUGAUAUUUGUAAAGUUAAGUAAAACUUUCGUGGAGAAGAGAAAAAUUGAAACAAGGACGAAGCAAAAGCUGAUUUCUGUUUACAGAAAUUACAAAUUAAAACACAGGGUUCCAAUGGUAUGGUUACAACCUUUUACUGAUAUCCCAUGUUUUAGUUCACGCUAGAGUCUCUAUUAGACGAUGAAGGCUUCAAUGUGAUCGCUGAAUUCCUCCCUUUCCUAAUUGUUUGAAACAACAUUAAUUGAUUAAAAUAUUACAGCGAAAAGACUUAGUUAUGCCAAGUGUAUUUUUUCACACGGUAUCUCACAAAAAUACAUCACAGUCACAUUUGCCUAAUCCCUCAAUAAUCCAUUCAUUUUCUUAAUGAUGGUCAGCAGCUAACCUAUGAUUGGAUAAACAAAAAUGAUGCCACAAAAUUCAGUUUUUUUUUUCAUUUCCGAAAUGUUCUUCUGCUCUGCUCUCAUUCCACUUACAAACAAGCACAAUUUUUAAGCUAGACAGCGUCUAGAUAGACUGCACGUUGAACGUUGACGGUUGCAAUAAUUGUCGAACUCUCGUAACUGUUUUUAUAAUCUUUUUCGGUCUAAGUGCAGCUUUCAUAAAACAGGGAAGUAUGCGAUUGGGGAUUUACUCGCAAAAAAAACGUUUUUCUGAUUCCAUUUAACUAUAUCAACGCAGGAACAGCCUCUAAAAAGAAUUGAAUAUUAAUCCACUGGGGCUUGCAGAUGUUUCUGAGCACGUUUUCUAAGAAAUCCUAUUACUCCAGUAGCAUGAUGGUUGGAGUCAACGAGACUUAUAAACUAAACUUUCAUCAUUUUUGUGAAGGACAAAGAGUAAGGAUUCUCUCUUGCAUUUUUACACCUAAAUCAUUAUGAUUGCAGGCGUAGUAAAACAAAUCAUUAGUUUUCCUGGAAUUGAGGGUUUUUAUUCGAUAACUUGUCGCCAUUUUAAAGAUAAUUGUAUUAUUCCUCUCUUAUGGAUGCGUCCCUAUUAAAAGAAAACUGGGACAGUCGAUUUUCACAAGUCUUUCUUGGGAACAGUUGGUAAUCACUUGGUAACCAGGACCGCACUAUAGAGUGGAUGCGUAAGAACCGCGUCAUGUGGAUUACUAUGUAGGUGACUUAGCUUUGUCCUGAUGGAACAGAAUUCCUAUUGACUAAGGCUGACUGCUUAUAGCCAAUUGCUUCCUUCAGACGGUCUAAUUGUUGACAAUACAGAUGCAAAUCAAGACUUUUGCCGUAUGGGAGCAGCUUAUAGUAAAUCCUCUCCAAUGGUACCAAACACAAGAAAAUUAUCCUGACUUGGUCACCGUGAUCACUAGCUCGCCCCAAUUCGACUAGACUGUUGCCCCUCGACGAUGUGAUAAUCCACUUAUACUUCUUAGAGAAGGAUGUAUGUACAAUUCCUCAGCCUAUAUAACAAUGAAAUUUUCAAGCGAUAUUUCGACCGUCUGGUUGGGAAUAGAAUCCGAUGAUACAGCCUGCGGUGGGCGGGAUAUCUAAUCUGUAUGAGUAACGAUGAUUCAGCGCGGAAAGUCUAUAUGGCAAUAUCUAUGGUAAAAAAAGAAGAUGUGGUAGUCCCUGCCUCAGAUAGUGCGGUGGCUUCGGCCAGGACGCUAAACAGCUAUUAGGGAUAUUGAAUUGGUGGAUCUCUGCUCAAAUCCGGUAUGUUUGUAACUCCAGUUGAAAAAGCCAGUUGUUGCAAUAGAAGACAUCAAAACUACAAUUGGAACUGGGAGCAAUUUUUACUUAUUCGGCAAACAUGAGAAUUCCGCGAGCAAGUAAGAGAAGCAUGAAUAAAUGACUCCUUAAAAUCCAAAGAGAUGCCAAGUAUUUGCCAAUGAUAUUCUUUCCCAUGUCGCCUCUAAUUUCUGAAGAGACAUGCGUGUUUCCCGGGUUUUACGACAUAUGAAAUACGGUCCAUGGGUUUGCUCGCUUAACAUCUCAAAUAGUAUUGCGGAAUUUUUGAUAGUAGAAAACUAUUCACAGCUAACUCAGAAUGCUCUCAUGCGCUGCCAUGUGAAAUUAACUUUUCGACCCAAAUUGAAUGGAUGAGUGAUUGAACAGUUACAACAUUUGUGUAACAUUUCUGUCCUAUCAAAAUUCGUUUGUUGGGUUUCAGUAACUAGCGACUAGAUAUUCGGCUGGGUGCGCCUGGCCAAGCUCUUUUUCGGGGUUUGUUAUUUUCCAGGUAGCAUACGUUUAUUCUCACUGGUGGCGGAGGGAUUUGUAUCGUGGCUGAAUUUCGGAUGCUAUGAAUGAAUACUUCGAAUCAGGCUAAUAAUCGCGGACGAGGCCAAUACUAACCGCGUUGCCUCCUAGUAUACCAUUACGGUUUUGAAUCAACUGCUCUAACACACUUCAAGGUCCACAUCCACUAGGAUUGCCGCGCCAACGUUUAUUAUUAUUAUACAUUCUAUUUGCUCUGCAUUACUGCCUAGUAUGAUAUGUGAGACCGUCUUGUCCUCUUAAUGGCGAAUCCCUGUUGGAUCUCCAGUAUAGAAACCAUUAUACAUACCAGGAGUACAAGUUUGAGAAAUGCGUUCAUUUCGACAGAAUACCAAAAGCUUAGUUCAAUAUUCUCCACUGUAAGUUUCACAUUUUCCUUAUCGUUCGGGCAAUUUGUGGAAAAAUCUUCAGUUCCAGGGACAAUAGAAGCGAACGAGUUCAAUUUGCGUCAAAAGUUCAUAUCGGAAAGGUUCGCUGUAAUGGAAGUUGAUUCAUCAUUGGGAACUCGGUGAAGAUUUUGGCUUUCUGCAAUUAAUUAAGACAUGCCACUAAAAGGAAACCUAGCCUAACUUAAACUUAGUUUCUUUUUAGGAAUUUAGGUCCGCAUGCAUUUAAUGUCGGACCGGACCAAAUGGAGAGCAACUUGCUCCUACUCUUUAUGAUCCACGGACUCCUCCUUUUGAGUUAACACCCUAAGUUCAAAAAUGAAAAGAGGGAGGAACACGACUACGGUUUCGUACCAGGGCAGAGGCAACUCAUCAGACGUUGCCUCAUCUGUGCCCUGGGAGCAGCGUAACCGACACGGCUCGCAGGUGUUAAAUGUUAAAUUUUCCCAGUUUUUUGCGAGCGAGUGCUAUUAUACAUUGCGCUGUACAAUUACGUGCAAUGAACUUGACACUUGACAAUUCGUUUUUUUUUUUCACAUUUUUGUACAACUCAAAAGCGCUGCUCAGUGAGUGCGUGAUCCAUUGAUACAAACAAGUGAUAAUCAAAAAAACCAAAUCUGUUGGGUAAGCCGCAUGGGGUUGAACUUCCCAGCUGAGUUCUUCCAACGUAUCGCGAUGUCAAUUUGCCGUAUGUAUACUCCAUUGUCAUUAAGGUAAAUAAGCUUCUGUGGCCUCUUAGGAUUCUGGUCGCUUUUUAAGUGGCGAACGGUCCAAAUCAAUCAAUCAAUUGUUGUUUCCUAGUUCCCGAGGCUUUAACAGGUCAUAAUAGAGCCACCCUUGCUGCAUCUAUCCAUGAAUCUUUCGGGUUAGAAUUCGCUAAGUAUCAAAAAAUCCACUUUUCAUCCCCAAUAACAAUGGGAUGCAUAAAACGGCUUGCUUUUGUAUUGUACGAGCAAAAUUUUACAGGUAUUUUUUCCGCCUCUCUUUCGCUCGUUCAACUCAUUACGAUACCCAUCCGAUCUUCUGAAUCCUCCCCAUCUUUCGUAGGCGCUUGAAGACAUCUCGUUGACUAACUCUCACUUGGUCUGCGAAUUGUUUUUGUGUUUACAAAUCAUUUUUGCCCGAUAACACCUGGUCGUUCUCUGCGUUCCGUGUCUGCAACAUCGAAGUUAUCGCUUUUGAAACGUCAAAACGAUCGUGCGUUGCCGAUUUACGCCAUAUAACCUUGUCCUAUCUUAGCUUUUCAAUCCACCCGUGUAUGAUGACAUCUGAUUUUACAGAUAGUUGUCUCUUCAAGAAUUCCAGAUAUUAAAUGACUGUUCAUUCCAAGUGCUGGGUUUGUGAAUUCACAGAUAACCUUAUUUUUGAUCCAUGUGCCACAAUGCAAGCUUCGCCGAUAAUUCCAAUUUUCUCUGCACUGCCCACUUGAUCGCGUUCUUUGACUAAUAUUAUCGUGCGACAUUUUCUCAUAUCCUAUUCAUGUUUUAAAUUCAAUGUACGUGACCAUUAAUUAAAUUGGGAACGAUGUUAGUUCGCUCAUCGUCGCCAAAAAUGACUUUUCAUACAGUUCAUGGAUUUCAUCCAUUCUGGUUUUUUCAAACAUUUUGAACAUCCUAAUUGGAUGAAGCGAUGAACUGGAAAAGUUUUCUCUGAAAUCGACAAGACGCAAACAUUCAUUUCAUAAUUUUCAACAAAAUAUCAGACCCAGACGUCUGGUAUCUGCAAUGCGCUGGAUCUUGCCUGCAAUAAGAUUUAACCUGGCUUUACUUGCACCAUCUAUUUAGUUGCAUGGGAGCAACUUCUUGUUUCGAUUAUUUCUCUAUUCUCUAGGUUUUACUUAGCUUAGUUUUUACGGUUUUCAAACCCAUUCGAGUGUCUCGAAAAAUAUUUUAUCUUAUGAUUUUCCUUUGUAUUUUUAUCUAAUUUUAUGUAAACUUCAUUUUAAUUUCUAUUUUUUUUCUUUGAUUCUAUCGAGGUGAUGACAAAUAUGAAUGUUAAAUGGUAGACAUUAUACCAUACCCAUAUUGAGCAUAUUUUAAAGUAUCUUAAUUUCCUUAUCGUUAUUAUAAUUUCUUAAUUUUAAUUUAAAUAUACUUUUUUGGGUUUUCUUUUUAAGUUGUUAUGUGCAAAAAACCAAAAAAAUGAUAUAGAUAGAUAUUUGUGUGGUUCGUUUUAUCAUUUUCUUUUCUCUAAAUAAAUAUUUUACUUUUAUGUCGUACAAAGAUGUUUUAUUUUAAUUUAUUUUUCAUAUUUUAUAUUAUUUUUCUCUUACUGCAAAUUUCGUUUAGAAUUUUUGUUAAACUUAGAAUUAUUUUGCUUUUUUUUAUCUUUGUAGAUUCGUAUUUCCUUUAUUCUGUGUUCAAUUCAUUUUAUCCAGAUAUUUCUGUUGUUUUUGUUGAGCUCAUUUUUGAAUAACUAGGACAUGGGUAAAAUCUUUCUUUGGUUUGGUGGGGGUAGUAUGUUGUUUUUAAACUCUGUAUGUCUUACAAUAUGCAUGCAUUCUAUGCUGAGGCGGUUAUUUUUGGAAAUUUAUUACUAGGACAAAAGGAAUAGUGGGGUCGUAGCAGUUGUGGAAGUGAGGUCGUUUGAUUUGGCGAGUAAAACAAAAUUCGGGAAUUAUGUACGUUUGGUAAUGGUUUUUUCUCAAAAGGUUGAAAAAAAACUGGUUCGGAUAACAUCCAGACUGGUAGGAUGUUAUGGUACUUACAGCAUGAAAUAUAACUUUGGGAAAUGAGUUCACUACUAAAUCCAAUGUUUGUUGUUCCAAUGUUUAAUGACCCAUCGAAUAGGUACAUUGUCAAGAGGACAGAAACCUAUUAAUCCUAUGUUCACCUGUGGUUUGAUUAAAUUACCUGGCCCAUAUACCCGUAACAGAAUAGCUAAUUAAUUAUUUACUUAUUAUUUUAAUUACUUGGCUUUGCUGAGUCGAUACAAAGGAGUGUCUUCGGGAAUUCUGUUCACAGUCCCAUUGAGUAAUAACAGAAGCAAUCAAAGAAACUGUCAAAAAUUGGCCUACAUUUUCAUACCCUUUAUAUACAUUAAAAUUUCUGACAUGCCAGAAUAAUAAUACGACUUGGAAUUUAAAUCCUAUUCCAAAAUAAAUUGAUUCCUAAAAAAUUUCCGAACACUAGAGCUCAAUAAUUCUAAAAGGAUCGUUUCGAUAAAUAUGCAAAGUUAGAGCCGAAAUUAUAAUCAGCAUAUGCGCCAAUGUAUUUGAGAUUCCUCAAUAAGAGUUUCCUUAAAAUGACACAUUUAAAACAUCAGCUCGAAAUAUCAAGUAUUCAAACGAGUCAAUGUGCUUAUGGGCGAAUGAGUUUUGGCAGAUCUCUAAUUUAUGUUCAUUAAAAUUUUGACAUUAUGAUAUGACCAUUAUAAUUUCGGCUUAAAAUCGUACUGUAAGCAUACAUAUGUAAAAUUCCUCGAGUUUACUGUGCACACACACAAAACAGACUCGUCAAAUAUUACAUAUAUAUGUAGCACACAGUGCAUAGCCUCCAGAGGCCACCCAAUAUCACCUGGUCACUUUGGUCAUAUACAUACCUGACGGUCAAAUCGAAUCGCAUUUCGCGAAUCUUUUCUGAGUUGGAUGUGCAUCAUGCUCAUCGUGUCGAUGAUUUCGUAUUGUAUGAUAUGGAAUGUUGUUUGUUCAAUUGAAGCGGCUCGAUUUCGUCCAUCCUCGUCUCUUAUGUGAUGAGUCGUGUCACUCACUCGAAUGAAGAGAUUUACACAUUUGAGUCGACUCGCUCAUGAAUUAUACAUCUCUAGAGCGCAGACUUCUAAGAAAAUACUGGGAUGAGUUGAAGUACUGCCAGAAAUCUGCAAUUGUGGCAUAAAGCUAUGCUUUAAACGCUAUAUUCCAUGUCUACGUAUAUUUGCCGUAAAAUACGGAUGCCACGUUGUUCCAGUAUUUGAUUUAUUGCUAGAUAUACCAUAACUCAGUAGGUUCAUAAACCAGUGAAAACACAUAGUCCCUUGAAAGUUGGGUGAAAUCUCUAACCUGAGAGGUAUCCAGGAAGUGGAGGAAACUUUUUAGAGGUUAGAAAAAAAAGACUAAUUUUUCCCAUAUUGCCGAAAGAAUUAUUUUUGUUUUUCAAAUAUUGAUGUUUCAAGAACCAAUUGUUCAUCAGAAAAUUUUAGUCUACUGAUGAAGAGGGCAACUGGUCCUCGAAAUAAUAAUGUUUGAAAAUUAAAAAUUAUGCUUUCGGCAAUAUCGGUAAAUUAGCACUUUUUUCUAACUUUAACAAAGCUAAAAAACGACAUACGCAACAAUAUAACUUUAUAAGUGGAAAAAGAAGACAGACAGCUGCUAGGAAAAGCCUCCAUAGUCUACUUCAGUCGUAGUCCCAUUAAAUUCUGUUAUUACCCGGCAGGAGUAACAGCAUCUAAAACAUCCAAUGAAAUCCGUUUCAUGCACUAAUAAUAUAUCAGACCAAGUUAUGAAGUGAGUACGUGACUAAUUAUUGCAAUUUCGUGUUUAUAACAUUUAUAACUACCUCGAAAAAGUAAGACAAAGUUUAAAUUGUUCUCAGAAACGUUGUGUAUCCAAAUCGAUUUCGUUCCCUUCAAAGUAAUCGCAUCCAGACAUUACACACUUAUGCUAGCCAUUUUUUCAGUCUUAGAUGCAUGUCAGGUUGUCACUCCCAAGUAUAGUCUUCGGAGCGCGCUCGAUUCAUGUUGGAUCUUUUCAAUCGAUUCAAAACGAUUUCUCCGAAGCAGCCUUUUGAGUUUGGGGAAUAGCCAGAACUUGUAGGGAGUUAAAGUGGGCGAAUAUGGUGACUGGAGAAUGAUAUUGGCUAGAAAUCAUCUUUUCGUAAACUUCGAUCGAUCUUUUUAGAAAAAAAUUAGCGAUUACGACACCAAACAAGCCUUUACAUGUCUGGGGCCCAAUUUUUCUUUCAAAAUGGUAUUUAUCGAUCCUUCUGAAAUGAUAACAACAUCAGUAAGGUGUCUUAAUUAUUAUUCGACGAUUUGCGAGCACCAACUUUUUUAUUUCCUUGACAUGGGACGGUUUGUCUUCAACAAGUUUUCGCUCAUUUUUGAAAUGUUUAUACCACAUGUAGACGUUUCUUUUCGAUAUUGUCUGCUCGUCGUAGGACUUCUGUAACAUCCUGAACGUUUCAAUGCAUGACAAUGCAUUCUAUAAAUAAAAUUUGAUACAAGAUCUCUGCCCAACUAAUUCCGACAUGUAAAAAUCGACGGAGUAGCUUUUUCCGUUUUGCAGAAUCAAGCGUAUCUCCACAACUAAUGACAUUUAUGAUACAAAAUUUGGCAAAGGUGUCAGACACAGUGUUACCAACAACCAAAAUAAAAGCGAUUCCAUUGACCCGGGAAGUUUAAAUUAAAACUUGGUCUUAUUUUUUGGACAUAGUAGUAUUCUGUAAGCAACGUUAUUGCCGAUAUAAACGAAUGUAGUUAGUUCAUGCUUGUAGCCCAUGUCUACUUCAUGCUUGUCCAUGGCGUUGUAGUACCAUGUCAACCGGAUAUCGAAUAACGAAUUUAUUUCAGACAUAUUAAACAUGAAUACGAUAUUCGUAAAUUUGUCGACACACCCGGUCCAUAAAUGUUUCUUUAAAAAAAUGUAAGUGACGCGCCAUUUUAAAAAAGAGACAUUCAAUAUCGAUUAGAUUCAUGACGUGGAGUAUUUCAGGUGACUCCCUUUGCUGUCCAAUUUUAACUGUCCCCCUCCUUUGAUACGUUGGCUUCCUAUAUUGACUAUAGUAGCAACACAAAAAGUGAUUGUUGACAUCAACAUUAGCCUAUUCAGCUCCUCCCUCAAAAAUUACAUAAUGUUACCGAACAAAUGUGCUGAGAAACAAUUCCACAGUUACAAAGAAAACGAAAAAUAAAUUUUGGUUUUAUGUGAAACAAUCCCUUAUUAAGGUCAGUUCACUUUCUGUCUUAAAGUGUGAAAUUGUCGCACCCAAAGACAGUCUAGAAUGUCUGUUUGUUAAUAAAAUAAAUAGUCUGACAUAAUUAAAGUUCAUAUAUAAAAAGAGAGUAUCCUUGCUAGCUGAAAAUACAUAGUGAUGUACACUACAGAGCCUCAGGAUUAGAUCUAGAAAUGAACUUUCAUUGGAUGUUAAACGAUUCUUUAUUGUAAUUGGAUAAUGAGAAUCAGCAUUUAAUUAAUAAAGCCUGAGUCACAAGUCAAAAAGUCCGAAAUAUCUAAUUAUUAGCAAAUGAUUUAAAAUGUUGAUCUAGUAACAGACCUGAACGGUAUGUCUGAUCUUCUGGCAGAAAGGUACCUAAUAGUAAAGAUCGUAAUUGUUCACAUAAAUUUGACUGUGCCAUCAUCUUCCCUGUUACGUUUCUGAUAGCUUCCAUUGAUGCAAAAAUGAGUAAAUCAAAGUGAUUUUUGUUUCUGAAUAAAAAUCAUAAUCAGUGGAAAAAAUGGUUUCCUUGAAGCAAGCAUGAGAAUAGCUUGAGGCGUCUCAGUUAAGCCUUACAAACUUUGAAAAAACGAACUUUCUCAGUUGACUAACUUCAAUCGAUGAGACGCAAUUUCCGCUUUCAUUGAGCGUUUAAUUAAGUGAUAUCUAAACUAUCGCCGUUUCUUACUAUUUCACACUUCCAUUAACCGUCGCGAAAAGGCUCGCAGGUCCGAAUUGAUUUCGUUAUAGUUUAUGAUGCUGUGAUUUACAAAUCGUAAUCAAAUUUAUAUUUGUAGUAAGUACCCAUCACGAAUGAGAAGUAUCUUGAAAGCACUCCCAGAAUGAAAUCUAGAAUGUUAAAUUGAUAGUUAUGGUUUGACUUAAUAACAGUAUGUAAGUCCUUAGCCAAAUGAUCUUCACGGUUGUAGAAUCUCGUCUUACAAAGUAAUUUGAGAUUCUAAAUUUGACAAAAAUUUGACUUGACGUGGUUAAAAGAUUACAACGAGGAAAGAAUGGAGUCACGGUAGUCUGUUUCUUUAAGUGGCAUCAAGCAUUCGCUUUGUUAUCAAAUGAAGGAAUUAUCCUUUGAUUGAAGGUCUGAAUUAGCCAAAUGAUGGGAGCUGUCAUGUUUUCGGCAAUAUUUGGUAAUUCUGAGAAUCAUUUCAAGGGUAUUAUUUACCAUAAGUCGAUUUGCCCUUAUUUUCCUGUGAUAAUAACUUGCUUCUAAGUAGAACCCAACAACUGGUAGCAUUCUAACUGGAUUUCAUAUCUACAAGUGUAGCAGAUUUUUCGUUGUUUUCAAAUGCAUGGAAACGUUCAGAUCUGCUAUGAUUGUUUGAAUAGCACUGCUAAAAAUUCAGUUUGUGUAAGUUCAUGCACGGUGAAACAAAUAUCCAUCGAAUCAGUAUCAGUUAGAAUAAAUGCAAGUUUAUUGUAGUGAAAAAUACGUUCGCAAUUUGGGGCUCCAGAGCAAGUAAAUUUAUAGGAAUUGGGGAGACUAUACCUUCCGAAUGGAAUCUUGCCUCCACGACACCAAAUAAUUGACAGAAGGCGAAGACAGUUUCUUCUACAUUUUUUUCAGUUUAUUCCACUUCGACAACAUUUUCGGAGAUUGGAUCCCUCUUUCUAGUCACCUGAAUAGACUUUCAGUGCAUUCUGAGGAUUGAUAGUAUCAUUCAACAGCAGCAGGAGCUGCCUAGUUAUGUAGUUACAAAUAGUACGGUCAAUUUGAUCUGAACAUGCUACCGCUUUUGAGGACAUUCCGUUAAAAUUACAAACAUUUUUAUGUCUGUUUUAAUGUGAAAUGACUGUUUCCAUCAAGUUGUUUGAGGAUUCCUUGUAUUGCCAUGCUAGAAAUAUGCAUUAGACAACACUUUACACUCCCCCUUUGCGCGUAAAGAAAUCUUUGGAACUUUUCAUAUUUUCAAUAAUCAGCUCCUAGUCUUGACUAGAUCAGCUCAUAUAUCACACUACCCUGGCGCAGCAGGUUUAGCGACAUUCGAAAUUUAUCUCCUGCCUGCGCUCCCAGGGAACUGGACACGUGCACGCACGUCCUGGUUAGGACGGACGCUGUCCGGAAGCAGCUGCAACCUCCAUACGAAGGCUGGUACCAUGUUCUCGAGCGGGGAGAACAUUUCUUCCAGCUCGAGAACACGGUACGGGCCUUCGUAUGGAGGCUGCAGUGGCUUCUGGACAGCAUCCGUCUUGACCAGGACGAGCGUGCACGUGUCCAGGUCCCUGGGAGCGCAGGCAGGAGGUAGAUUUCAAAUGUCGCUAACCCUGCUGCACCGCAGUAUCAUCAUUACAAAAGGGACAACACUGCCCUUUCAGUCCACUUUUGCCAAUAAAACAGUAUUCCUGGUCCAAAUAUUUUGAAAUUCAUUCCUCAGCUAACGAUGGUAGUGUUGUUGCACUGUUUCAGCAUUCAAUCGGUCGAAUAUUUCUGGGAAGUUGAAUUUCGAAUGGAUCGAGCAUAUUUCUUAUGAAAACUCUACACAUUCUCUAGUCAGAUAUUUCAGAUGUGAUAAUUUCUUAUGAAUAACAAGUACAAUCAAAUGGAGUAACAUCCAUUUGGGACGUCGUUUUGGCUGCUACACUUAGAUAUUUUAAUUAUAAGUUCUUCUAUCAUGAUUUUUAUAAGUUUCUUUCAACAAAACAAAAAGUAUUUACAUUAUUGACUCUUUUUUUCAGUCAUUUUCUUGUGUAUUUAAGUUUAUGUAAAUUGUUCGGGGUGAGUACUAACAAUACAUUUUUAGUUAAAUGGAAUUUCUACUAACAUAAAUAUUUUAUUUUCAUGCAUUUCUUUCUCAAGGUAAACUUUUCGAUUUUAAGACUUAUUAUUUAUUCGUGCCAUAUAUUCGCCCAAAGACAUUCCUUUCACGUACUUAAACAAGCUGUAAUAUAUAUUCUUGCAAUAUUCAUCAUGUAACGAUUGUAAUAUUGUGAAAAGGAAUGAAAUGUCUUUUUUCUACAUAUGAUCCUCUUGAAGUAAGAAUAAAAGAAAAGUGGGAGAAAGUCAAGCUAUAAAUUACAUUUCUCCAAACGGAACAUAUUAAUGAAAAACAAGUAAUAUUCACAAACAAGCAAAAUAAAAAGAAAACUAAAAUACUCAAAUUUCAUUAAUUCCUUUGAGAAAAUUGAUCAUUUUAUUAUUAUUAGUAAAUAUUGUAAAUCAAAGUUAAAAUAAUUACUAGGUAAUGUGAAAAAAUGAAAUGUAUAAUUUAUUAUUAUGGUUAAGAACAAAAAAAGAUACACAUUCCAAAAAGCAACAAAUCGAUACGAUAAAAAUAAUGACAAUGAUAACAGUAAGGUUGACACAAAAGAAAAAAAGAAAAGAAUGACAAACAUUUUUCGUCAAUCGUGUUCUCUAUUGUAAAUUUAAGUCAAGUAUGUAUCUAAAUUAUACAAAAAGCUUACGUUUUUUUUCUCUAGAACAAUCUUUCUUGUAGAUAUAUUUAUAUAAACGAAAAACAAGGAAAAAAUAAGAAGAAUAAUCUCAGAAGAAACCAACAAUGCAUAAAGUAAAUUUAAAAGUUUAAAUGAUAAAAAGUAGAUAUAAAAUAAAUUUUAUUAUUGAUUAAAUUAUAUUUUAUUUAUUUAAUUUAUUCAUUCUAUUUAAUUCACUGCAAUAAAAUAAUGUUGAUAAUUUAUUUUACUUUUAUUCUCAUUUCAUCUGUCAACGAUAAAUGAAUUUGAAUUUUCACGCUUUGUUAUUCUUAAAUGUGUAUUCCAAUAAGAGAAAUCCAACGAAAGUAUUAUUUAAUCUAAUUAUUAAUUGAUUUAAUUUUGCGAAUUUUCAUUGUUUUUUGCGUAAAAAUAAUAACAGAUAUUGUUUCCGUUUUUUUGUAAGAGUGCGUAAAUUAACAUGAAAUUUUAUUCUUUUUGGUUUGUGUUUCUUCUUCUGUUCUUUUCUUUUUUCUCUCAUCUUAAUAUUUACUAUAUUGUGUAUUGUGGAAAAAAAAAUAUUGCAAUCAAUUUUAUUUGCCGGUGAACAGAAUUUUCAGUUUUCUUUUUAAUUUUGUUGUUUGUAAUUUUAUAUACUGAAAUAUAAUUAAAUAUUUAUCUCAAUGUAUUUUUCUUCUAGCGAUUUAUGUACUACUUAAUUUAUUCUUAAUUUAUUCACAUUAUUAUUAACAUAUAUUAACAUAAUUAUGAUUAUAAAUAUACAUAGUGUUGUGUUCUCGUUUUUAUCUUUAAUCUUGAAAGUCAGAAGAGAAAUUAUUAUUAACAAAGUGGAUCAGAUACAGAAAUCAACCAACAAUUGAAACUCAUUUAUAAUUAUUGUAUUUUUCUCAUCUAGUAUUAUAUCUAUAAUAUUUAAAACAAGAAAAAAAGUGAAUGAAAAUCAUAAGAUAAAAAAGAACAUUUUGGAAAAAUAAUAUUUUUAGUUGGUUUUUUAUUUACUUUAUGUUUUAUUCUAAUUCUUGAUUAACAUAUUCGAUUCAUAACCCUUGAUUUUGUUGGUAUUAAAUUUAUACUUAGAGUGCAAUAUUGUUGUACAUUUCAUUGAUUUUUUUGAAAAUAUCGCUGUCCUCCAAAUGGUUUAUUAUAUACAAUGAAUAAUCAUCAGAACUUUUUUCGUUCUAUGUUAAAUGUUAUUUGCAUAAUUGAAAAUCUAACGUAUGAUUUUUCCAUCCGUAGUUAGAAUGAAAUGGGGUUCAGGAAAUAUAUUGGUCCCGUGAAAUUUGUCUGAAUGUUAUUUUUGGCUAAUGGGGAAUAUUCAGGGGUAAUAGUAUUUUCCUGUAAUAUGGACGAGUUUUAAUACCUUCAGGUUCGUCUAUUUGUAUGGUGAGAAAAUGGUUAGAAAGUCGUUUUUGAUAGGCAAGGUUCAGGUAAGCGUAGGUUCCAAUGUUUAUAUAUAACCUAGAAUUUUAGAUACCGUUCCAACGUAACAUGCGAAUCAAAUUACUGAAUCGUCGUUGUUAUCAUGGCUUGACUGGCAUAUUUUUGCCCUAAGAUGUUGCGAAUCACCGUGAGGUGGGUUGACAGUCAUUAUAAUCUCUGCGCAUUUGCUAAGUUUACCUUUCUUUACGUCCGCUCAGUUUUGAUACUAUUACAUUUUUUCUGCGAUUCAAUUUCUCCUCAAAACAUGUCAAGUUUCCAUUCCUUUCUGCCGAUGUGAAAAUACUUUAAUGGUAGUUUCAGGUAAUAUUUCAAACGAGUUAAAAUGGAAGCUAGCGUUGCACGUGCAAUCACAUAGUAUCCUUCGUGUGACCUCUUUGGGCCCUUGGGAAUAUAGGAGCACGAGUUGCACUAUGUUAUGAGAGAUAGUUACAAGUGGAGAAUUCUUAAAAUGAGCAUCAUUUCAGUUUAGAUUUAUAAAUUGACCCUUUCUUGAGUGCCGUGGAUGAGUUCAAAUGGAAAUAUACACUAGUGGCCAAAUAUCGUGAUCAUUUACUAUUGGGUGCGUGCAUAAUUUUUUUUUCGUUUUUACUUUUUUAAGAAAAAUUAAACCUACAAAAACCGUCAAAGCAUCCCUUUUUUUGUAAAAUUGAAAUAACUUGAAUGAGAAGAAAUUCGUUACCAUAUGAUGGUUCGAGGUGAGGGAUGUCAGGGGUUGGACACCUGCUGAAAACUUAGCUCCGCAAUUUUUCUCUAAGGUAAUGUAGUAAUAUCAGGUCUAGUGUUAUCACGGUGAAAUGGAUCAUUAUCUCAUUUUUCCUUUAAUCAAUAACGCCUCGAGACUCUCUAAUUGCGCACAUUAGACUGCUCCUAUUAGGGUUUGGUUGCAUAGUAACAGUUGUAGUCCUUCGAAUAUCCCGACAAACAUACAAUAACACUGUACGAGGGUGAAAUUCUGCUGUUGAUGUCAAUUUGGGUAUUUUGUUCGUCUUGCAAAUGGUUCUCCAGCGUUUAACAUUUUUGUAAAGAACCCACUUCUCAUCCCCAGUGAUGAAAUAGGAAAUAGUAACUCAUGGGGAAUCUAGGAAUCAAAUUUAACAGCAUAACCCAGGGAUCGAAUUCUUCGCAUUUGUUUACAACGUUUUCAUUGUAGAUUGCACUCAAAAUUUGGACACGCUGCUCCGUAUCCGAGAUCGAACUCACAGUAAACCAUGCCAAAAUUAAUCUUUUUUUAUUUCCAUGUUGAAGAAGAAUAAAACUAGGGUCCAAUCACCCGUAGCUCAGCGGUCUUUAUCAGUGGAGUUUUCCCAUCCUAGAUUGGAUGGGACUACCCUAAACAAUAGCCUUUAAAGGGGGCGAACGUCGGGUCCUGGGAAAACCGAAAAAAGACUUAUGAAACACCCAAGAUUUGACGACAAAUGUUGAGUCACUUGCGACUUAUUUAGAUCGCAGCUUGUGCUUGUAUAAUUAAACAUCUAUUAUAUUGUGAGCCAUAGAACCCUUGUUUGAGAAAAUGAGAAAUGUAGCAUAAUAGUACGAAACCUUUCUCUGAACGUAACUACAGGUAACAUAGCAUGAAUCAAAUCUCGCAUAACCUAACCCUAUGCCAGUAUAAGGGGAUUUCCUGGGCUUCGUUCCACACUAUAUUCUUCCUGGUGGUAUGGAUUUCGAUCUCUUCCUGGCUUGGUUUCCCGCUUCAUUGUAUUGAUUACUUCAUUGGCUGAUUCAUACACCGGAUUUAUAUUUUGCUUUUACACUUGAAUCGGUGCCUGAAGAUUGCUUUAGGUGGGCUAGCUAUUCAUUGAUUUCCUUGAUGAGACAGGUUAUGAAAAAUAGUGGUUGCACACAGAGAUUGUUUUUGAUUAUAACUAGGAUCUUUGAUAACUUUGAUUCCCACAGAUCUAUUGUGUACAAUGGGCCGCUACGGUGUGAGUGCUCAUAGGAUAUGCCUCCCGCAUAUCUCGAAAACAACACAAGUGAGUGAUCAUGAGACUUUCUUUAUAUGCUGCCUUCAAUGGAUUUUAAUGAAUGUUAUUCACAACAAAGUCCCAAUAGUAUUAUCAUGAACUACUACAGUAGAAUUGGUCAUGACCGAAUGCAUGCUACACUUUAUGAUCACGUAAUUCUGAUUUUGUUUUUCAAUAUUUAACUGAAGUUUGUCAAAUACCAAGAGGGAAAGUCCGCAAACACUAUCUGCACUGAUGCUCCUCGUAGCUCAUGUCUUAGAAAAUGUAUGAUUAUAUGGAAACUGUGAUAAAUAGCAUUCCAUAGCGGUCUGGAAAAUCAUCUGUAGAAUUGUUAGCUUGUAUUCCAUGCACCUUAGAUUUUUUACAGAUACUUUUGUUAGGUGCAUAUUUCUGAAUUUACCUCUGCAAUAUUUCCUGUCAAUGGCAUAUGCUCCUCCUCAUAAUCAUCUCGCUUCACUUUGUUCCACAACUAACUGGACAACGUGGUUGGAUUGGACUAAAACCACCCAAUUUACAUUUUGUGAAUAUCUUUCGUUCGUCCAAAGCCUCCACAGAAUAUAUAUAGUUUAAAAUAGUUAUCGUUCCGAUGCUUGUAGUUCUUCUAAAUAAAAAUAAAACUAGGUAGCUUGCUCCUACUACAAUAUAUUUUAAUAGUUAGUAAAUACGUAUUUCGAAAGCUACUUACUUUCUUCCUCAGUACUUAAGCUAUAGUUUGUUGUGGAAAGUCCUCGGCUAUAUUGGUUUUUUUUUUAAGCUAUGAUAGAGGUUUUCCGUUAUUUCUUAUUGUAUUAUGCCCGGUUGAAAAACUUUACAAUUAGAAGAGAGAAUACUGGCUCUCAUUAUAUUAUGGUCCACAGAUCCCUCGUUUUACGCUUAGCACCCAAGUAUUCAAAAUGGACGGUUAGCGUAUUAGGAUUGCUUCUAUCGCAAACAAUAGAUUUAUUUCGGUCUAGUUUAGUUUUGAAAUAUUGACGAUUUUAAAUUGAAUAUAAUUCGCACGCACGUCACAUUUGCGAUUAGAUAAAAGUGUGUGAUUCCAUCUGUUACCGCUUUGGGUUAUGCUGUUUCUAGGACAGAGGUGAGGUAGCAUCUGAUGAGUUGUCUCUGCCUUGGACGAAACGUUAGUCAUUUUUUCCCUCAUGUUUAACUUUUCUUCUUACAUAAAGAAUAUCAAGGAAGAUACAUUGACUUAAAAAUAAAUUAAGGAAUUGAGUGGAAAUAUUGCCUAAGUGUCUCCCCGUUGCAAUGACCCUCUAUUCAACUUUCCUUCGAAAGAUUUUAUUCGAAUUGAGGAGGCAAUUUUCUUGCGUCAUUGCAACCGUUUCAUUAACGAUUCUCUAAUUGAAUUGCUUGGCAGUUGAGGCAAAAUAACUCUUCGACACCAAUAUUUCUAACAACGAUUUUUUGGCACUUUUUGUAAAAUUGUUGAGGAUAAUCCCAAUGCAAUGUAAGAGCGAGUUACUUGAAAUAGUAGAACCAAAAUUUGGAUUUUAGAAGAUUCAGUUGUUCUGAUAUAACUGAAGCUACCCUAAGGCAUAAUCCUACUCUCUACUUCACUCGUAUAGUUGUUUAUUUGAUGGAAAAUCACACUUAUCUGGGAAAUUGUCUAAUUUUGAUUAUUUUUUAGAAAUAAAAUUAGUCUCGGGAUUUGGGGUUUCUGUCUGUUACUUUUCAGACUAAUCUCUAUAAUUGUAUUUAUUUUCAAUUUUUAAUAAUGACCUCUGUACUUUCGGCUGUGUAUAUGAUGCAUUAGAUAUGACCUAUGGGUUUUCGAUUGAGUUGAUCAUAGUCAUACAUACAGAAGAGGAUAGCGCGUCAUCAUACUUUUCGGAGGGUUUUACACUUCCAUCUAUCUGCUCUAUGCCAUGGAUUUCUAAACGAUAUUUUCGUGGCCUUUGAUGACAAAGUGGCUUUUCGUCGUGUUAAAUGCCUAGCCAGAGAAGUGUGACCUAACUGUUGUCACUCCCACCAUCUUCUCGCUUUAUUUAUUGGUAUUCGAUGAGACCAAAUAAACCUCUCACCAUGCGGAACUAUGCCAUACUCUUACAGCGUGAUAGAGCGCCAAAGCCGGAAAUGUUUUGUUUGAUCACUUUUCAUGUACUGCUUUUGACGAUUGUACCUGCUUUGAAAGUAAUAACGCCGAUUUAGGAUCGUAGUCAAGUCCAGCAUGGUUGAUAAGCUGCCUUGUACUUACUUCUAUAAUCAAAUCAUCGGCAAACUCGAAACCACAUGCAAGAAACUGGAAUAAGCUCAACUUUGUUUGCAACUUCCUCCGCUUUCUUGGCGAUAACACAUCUUCAACACAGAACUAGAAUGUCUCACUUGAAGCGGUUUUUUGGAUCUUAGACUCUUGCAUUCAUUAAUUUCAAAAAUCUAUCAAGGUUUAGCGACCAGCUUGUGUAAAAUAAUCAACAACUCGAUCUUCAUCAGAGACAGGUACAUUUCUGACGAAGGAUUAUGCAGCACAUGGAGUUUAUCAUAGCUUCUAUGUAAACCUCUAUUCAGAUGACAAGAUGGAAUUUUGAUGUUUUGGGCCAUUAAACCAAACUCCAAGUCCUUUAAUGAAUAAUUUUCAAAUUUUUUGAAAACUUCAAUUUCACCAGAAUUUUUGGAAAUCUAGGGUGGAUCUUUUUCAUAGGAUUGCUGUUGUCAAUUUAUAGAGAUCUCUAACUAUCCAUUAUUCAGGACUUAAGGACGUUAAGUCCAUUUGGAAUCAAAAAAGUAAACUUCAUAGUUUAUACAAUUAUCUUUUGAAACACUCUGGCGGAUGUAGCCCAUAUAUGUAUUUUUGCUUUCUAAUUCCAGUGGUAUUUAACUCGAGUCUUUGGUUUUUAUCUGGGGCAAUAUUAACGGAAUAAACUUAGCACUAGAGAAUUAAGUCUAGGUUUCAUUUUUAAAGCCCAUCGCCAUCUUUAUAUGAAUUCUAUAUUUUCUUUUAUAAGUUGAUCUUCAGUCGAUAUUGUCGUCAAAAGAGUCAUCGUUUUAUAUUUCGAAAAUUGUGUAUUGCUACGGUGCUAAAAAGUUCUUAUUUUUCAAGCCUAUAAUUUAUUCUUUUCGUUCCGUAUAAAUAAUCUCUUGUGAAUUUCUUUUAUUGUGUUGCAGGUAUCACUAGUUGACUAAAUUAGUCUACUAACAAGUUGAUAAUCAGCUAAAUGCCAAAUAAUAUGAUCGUUUUAUUUUGCUGUGUGAAUAAUAUUGUUGUGAUAUAUAUACUAGUUUAUACUAACUGCAUACAUUGUAAUCAGAGAUUGAUUGGGGAAAGGAAAAAGAGGUUGAUUGUUCAGAUACUAUUCAAUUUCUAUACUUCGGUCAUAUAGAAUGAUCUUCACAUCUUUCUAGCGUGAUCUUCUUAUCUGAGAGGGAGAAUCAAAAAUUUCUCAAGACUAUACUUGCUUCCUCAGAUUUUUCAUAACUUUUGGCCAUUUUCUUCUGCAAAUUUAGUGGUAUAAGUCCAUGGAUUUAUUGGCAAGUGUUUAUAGCCGCAAUAACCAUGGGAGAAGUUAUUUGAAAUAUUCAUAAUAUGAAUAAGGACUGGGCAACUGCAACAUGAUGGGAUCUGAAACUAAGAUUUAAAAAAAGCACCAAGUCAUAAAUUUUUUGUGAUAUUUAGAUGAUUUUAUCAUCCAGCUAGGAAUAGGAUUAUUUUGGAAGAAAUAAAAUUAACUCCUUAAUUUCUCAAGACUUAAAGUAAUAUUUCCUCAUAGCAGUCAUCUCUGAUUACAGUAUUUAUUUUUAUUGAACUUGUGAUUUUAAUAUAAUAUUAUGAGUUGACGAAAUUAACUUUUGAUUUGAUCAGAAAGUCUAUUUCGGUAAGUAAUAUUUUUUAAUUUUUCUUCAACAUUUCCUUUUAUUACAUAAGACAAGUUGAUGCUAUUGAUCCCAAGUUUGUAAUCAUUUUUUAAGUUAAAUGACCUUUUUAUUAAAUUAAAUUAGCACCACCCGCUUUUGUGUCUGAAACUUUUCCACACCAACUUGUCUUAUGUUCAAAUUUUAUCUUUAAUCCAUCUGUUACUCCCACAUUUGAUAAUAUCAUAACUUGCAUUGUGCAAGGGACUUUUGAGUUCAGAGAAUAUAUUUUUAUUGCUUCUUUGAAAAUUUCACAUCUUGAUAAAGUUUUCAAAGUCAUAAGUACCACAAUUCACAGGCAAUGAACUUUUAUUGUACCCAAAAAAAAUGUUGGGAUAUGGUAAAGGCGCGUUGAUUAGGUUUUCGCAUGGAUGGCGUAUCAAUUGCGGUUUAUAUUAACAUUACCCAGGCGUAUUUGACUAUGAUUUCAGGCAAUAAAAAUUUGGAUGGAUUUGAUUCUGCCUUCGCCUUCGAUCAGAAGUAAUCUAAUAAAUCAUGCUCAAUGGUUGUCCAUGGAUUGUGGUACAAUUUCAUGAUAAGUACUAUAACCUUUCGAAAUUUCCAUUGUAUCUGUUACUUAAAAAAAUAUUCAACUAUUUUUAAUUUAUACAUAUAAAUAUAAAUUCUUAUAUUUUCAGGCGAGAUCUUGCGUAAUAUUGAUUUGUUUUUGUGUAAUUAUUGUAUAGAAAAAAUAUGCAAAAAAUUCUUCCACCACUACAACCACUACCACCACCACAAAAGUGAUCAGUCCGCUCCUUCCGUAUACAUUAUACAACAUUCGCUAACUAUGUACUUAUAUGAUCAAGUAUUAUUAAUUUUUGUGUGUAUUUUUUCUCAGCAUUUAAUUAUAACUAACAACUGGCGAACUAAAAUUUGAUUUUUGAUCAUAUAAUUCUCCUCGUAUAUUUGCUCUUGUGUUCUUUAUUUCAGAUGCACAAAAAUAUUUUAACAAAAGAUAAUUUUUCAAUAGUCUACUACAUCCAAUCGUUUUUUAAUUUAAUAUGUACAAAUAUUAGAGUGUAAUCAUUUUACUCGUAUAUGCUUUAAUUGAUUUUGAUAUACAUAUAUGUAUAUACUAUAAUAUGUAUAACUAUUAUAUCGCUAGUACCGUCCGGAAAGAUGCUUUUUGACGUAAUAAUGCUAUUGAUGUAACGUACACCUUCAACUAUAAGCUUCAAAAAGAGUAUAGCAACGCCUACAUGUCCCUAAUAAUGCGAUAGGGCAGAGUAUUGCUCAAAUAUUUCGACCCAUAUUUUUAUUUUUGAUGUAAAUUUAUUGAGAAGUAGGUCAUACUAAUUGACCUUUAGCCCCAAAAACAUUUCAAGGUACAAAAUGGAAAUGGCUGUCUGAUGAUUCCUAAAACGCUCCUAUUGCCUUAAAGGUAAUCUCAUUCCAUACAAGUACAUUUGCCGUAUUUGUUAAGUCAUUUAGAUAUCUCAGCACGGGCAUAAAAAACAAUUUGCCGUAAAAAUAUUUACAGGACAAAAUGUUUCCUAAACAAAACCCCACAAAAGCCUACAAUCGGAUUAAAGGAGCAAAUAAAGCUUUGGCAAAAAAUUAAGACUGCCUCUGAUCGGUUCCCUUUUGCGAAUCUGCAUUUGACAGUAUCAUUAUUCUUGGCGUUUACAGUUCCUUUAUAAAAAUCAGAUACGCUGCAUUCUUCAACGCAAUUUGUCAGGGCGCAGAAGUCAGUUUGUAUUACUAACUUCGUAUUUCGACGAAUCAAUAGAUUUGUAAUACAUUGAAUAAACUAACAAAUUACUAAUUGUUGUAUCUAAAGUAUGCUAUCCAUGCUUUCUGUAGCUUUGUCAACUUCACGCAAUCUAAGUCACUCGUUAUUAUAACGUACCCACACCAAAAGCAUGUGCCUGAUCGCUACCUUUUAAGAUAUCAGGUCUAUAAUAUAUCAGACGUCCCUCUAUUUUAAUUAAACUUGUUAUAAUUAUCAAACCAUAUUAUAAUUUUCUCUUAUCCAAUGAAAUAGUAUAAAUAUUUUCACGUACAAAUAUACAUAUAUAUGAAAAAUUUCAGUUUUAUAAUUUAAUUCAGUUCAUUGCGCUGAUUUAUAAAUAUUAUUAUAAAUUUACGCUAGUAAUCUCUAUUGUGCAAUUUCGCUAGACUAUUAAUUUUCAUGAUUUAUCAAUUUUACGUCUAUAUAGAUUCGUAAUUUAUUCAAACGUGACGAUCUUUUUUACUCAUUUAAUAAUUUUGUGCGACUGAUUUGUAUGAGUAAUGUUUACUUACUUUAAAUGAUAUUCGUUUAUUGCCUACAGUUUAAUCAAUUGAUGAGAACAGAGAGAAGAACAGUAGAUUAUUUUACGCGGUCAUUUGUUUAUUAUUCAAUUUGCAUAACAAGGCAAAACGAAGUAAUUGUAGAAGCAAUAAUUGUUAUAAAUCACAGUCGCAUAGAUUCAGAUAUAUACAGAUAUAUAGCAAAUUAUCAAAAUGAAGAAUUCGAAAAGACUGAAUAAAUAUAAGACUGAAUGAAUAAUUUCAUGCAUUGUGAUGUAGUUAGACAUAUUUUUAUAAAAAUGAAAAAAGGAUAGGACUUUUUAAAUAAAUUGUGAUACGAAGAAAUAAAUUCUUAUUUAGA